UCUAUGGCGCGGCCGUCAAAAGCUAUUUCGGUGGAGGGGUAUGAUCCAAUACAGCAUAGUGACAUGGUAUAUACAAACACAUAGAUUACGCGACCAAUUUGACUGUGUGCCGGACCUGUAUUCGCUGGAGAGAUUUUUCAGUGUCGUUAUCGCCAAUAUCUUGGCCUUGACAGGUGCCCGUUUACUUGAAACAAAAUGUGCCUCUUAACAAUGUAAUCAGAUAUGGCAUAAAUUGAAGCAUGAGUGCCCCGUUGGAAAAUAGGCUGGAAAACAGCCCAUAUAGCAAGCCCCAAGACCACAGUCGUCGGGACUUAGCUUUGAAGAAAGCAGCACAGUUGCGACGGGAGAGGUUAGCGAAAGAAGCGAAUGACUCGAAACAACGGGAAGAGAAAAGGUUUCGCGAGGAAACUGACAUGAGACAUCGCGAGGACAGAGAGAGGAGAUAUCGAGAGGACGUGGACAUGAGACACCGAGAAGAGAGAGAACUGAGACGACGUGAGAUAUCUUAUAGAGAAGAGAGUCUUAAGAAUGACACGCGACACCGAGAGGAGAGAGACUCCAGGUUAAGACAAGAUAAAAGUUCGGGUGAUCAGAAAGUUGAAAGUCAGGACAGUCGCCACCCACGGGACGACAGUCGGCACCGUAAGGAUGAAAGUCGCCUACCUCGGGACGACAGUCGCCACCGUAAGGAUGAAGGUCGCCUACCACGGGACGACAGCCGCCACCGUAAGGAUGACGGCCGACAGCCUAGGGAGGACCGGCGCCACCCUGAUACAUCAGCGACGCUGGUGGUACCCCCAGCGGUGCGGCCACCCCCACUGUUGAAGCCUAUAUACAGGGGACAUGUGACGGUGGAUACUUCCAAAGCACGGUCUAAUAUUGAUGUAGUUCGAAGAUGCAUUCACGAUUUGGGCUGGAGAGAGGUCAUCAUGCCCCGGAGAGAACCAUGUGACUUCUACUGGCACGCGAUUGGCUUCCAGGACCACAGCGACCUCACAUCGGGGAGAGUCAACAAAUUUCCAGGGAUACAAGAAAUGUUAAGUAAAAUCAAUCUGUGUCGAACACUGGACUUCAUGAGGAAUCUGUUCCCAAGUGAUUAUGACUUCUAUCCCCGCUCAUGGUUUUUACCCUACCAGUUUCACGAGUUCAGCAACGAGGUCCGACAGCUGACCGAGAAAAAGGUGAAACCGAAACCCACGUAUAUUGUCAAACCGAGCGAGGGCUCGCAGGGCGAGGGUAUCUACCUUCUCCGGGAACCCACGCAGUACAACAGCCAUAAUGGCCGCUGCCAUAUAGUCCAGGAAUAUUUGUCCAAUGUGUUUUUGUUGGAGAAAUUCAAAUUUGAUCUCCGAGUGUAUGUGACAGUGACGAGCGUGGAACCGCUGGAGUUUUAUAUAUGUAAAGAGGGCCUUGCCCGAUUUUCUACCAUUCCAUACGAAAAUCCGACCAAUAAAAACUUGCAAGAAGUGUUCAUGCAUUUGACGAAUUAUUCAUUGAAUAAGCGAAGUAGUACUUUCAACCAAUCGGAGAAGGACGAGGAAGGGAGUAAGCGUAAGCUGACAUCAGUAUUCCAGCAGAUGAACGCGAUGGGUCACGAUACAGAGUGGAUCUGGGAAGAGAUUGAACGAAUUGUGUGCAAGACGAUGAUCGCAGUUGUUGGCGAUCUGAAGAUUCAUGCUCAGACCUCCAUGCCGACCGGAAAACCAGGCCCCAGGUGCUUCCAGAUUCUGGGCUUUGAUAUCCUUCUGUUGAAGAACUUGAAGCCCAUCCUCCUGGAGGUGAACGCCAACCCAAGCCUCAGCAUCUUCGGGGAGCAGGAGGUGCUCCCGGGGGUGUUCGAGUGUGUGGAGAGUCUCAAGGACGAAGAAGUCAAGGUUCCUCUUGUCAAGGACACGUUCCUCCUCAUUGCGCCCAAAAAUAAAUUCACACGUAAAAAUUGCAGACAACACCGCAGACGGAGAAAUGAAAACAACGCCAACAAUCAGCAGAGACAGGGCGAGACGGCCAUCAUCAUCAAGAUGGAGGAGAUGACCGUUGUCAAGGAGACCGCCAUCAGGAUCAUGGACCCCAGCAUGGAGGUUGACGACGGCGACAAGAAGGAUGACAGCAAUGACAAGAGUGCCGAUGACAGUGACGCGAGAACGGACAGUGAUGAUCGAGGCACGGACUCAGAUAACAAAAUGGAGGAAGGUGACAGUGGGCGAGAAGAAUACGACUCAGGAGAGGAAGGAGAUGAAGAGGAGGAGGAGAAAGACGAUGAAGACAAGGAGUCGUGUUUGAAGCGGAUAUAUCCUGAUGUCUAUGGCACCCAGUUUGACUAUCUGCGGCUGAUGGAGAGACUCGCUACACUGUUCACAAAGUCAUUAGGGGUGCGAGGAGCUCAUCGGAUAGGGUCAACAGCUUUCAGAAUGUUUGCAAGAAAAUGUCGUCUGAAUCGCCGAGGAGUAACGAAUGCAUCCGUGGACAUCCUGUACAUAGAUUAUCAAAGGAAGUGGGAGUUUAUGAACCCUGACCGUACAUCAGGUUUGGGAUUCCAGGGUUUCGUUGACGCCUGUUUCGAGAUUUCCAGACGCAAGUUCUUCAAGACGAACCGUCGUGACAUGUUGGAAUCCUUCAUCUGUUACUGUGAGGAGGGGCUGAACGAACAUAAGCAGGAAGAGGAGGCGCUCCGACGCAGGUUCUCACGGCCACCACGACGCCUCCUCCGACGUCCUGUUCAUUUGUUUCAGAGAGCCACAGUUACCUCCCUUGAAGAGGAGUCCGUCCAUAGUGUGUAUGAACACCCUCUUGUCAGGAGGAGUCUGACUUUUGCGAAAUCCUCCGAGUUUAGCAUGUUGAUGAGCCAAAAGAGGAAGCAGACGUACAAACCCAAGCCAUUAAGUCUGUACUCUUCUGAUGAUGACUGACUAGGCAGGGUGUGGCACUAACUUAAAGGAAGUCUUCAAGCGCUGUUGGAAAUCUUCCAGUGUCUGAGCCCAUUUUUUCACUUGUUGACAUAUUUUCUUCCUCAAAACCAUAUAUUGUCAAAAGUGUUUGCAAGUGAAAACAGUACCUGUUAAAGUGUGAUCGGUAUGAUGAAAUAUAAAAAAGAAAAGAAAAUAUAUAAAAAGAAGCUGCUUGGAAAGUUUUUUGGAAUUUCAAGUCAAAGAGUUAUGUCCCUUUUCUUCCUCCAAACCAUAUAUUGUCAAAAUUGUUUACAAGUGGUAAGAGUACUUGUUAAAGUAUGGCCGGUAUGAUGAUAUAUGCAAACUUACAAGAGAAACUUUUUGGAAAGUUUCUUUGAAUUCCAUGUCAAAGAGUUGUUCCAUUUCUUCCUCAAAACCGCAUAUUGUCAAAUAUAAUUGCAAAAACAUUUUUUGUGGUAACGGUACUUUUUAAGGAUCAAACAUAAAGAUUUACUUAAAGAAACAUGCUGUUUGGAUAGAUUCUUGGAAUUGCAAGUCAAAGAGUAAUGUCCCUUUUGUUAUUUCUAUACUGUGGGAGUUUUUCCUGCUGAAAUACUAAGAAGAAAGGGGUUUUCUUUAUAUCCAUUAUAUUCCACAAGUGUGACAGUUUGGGUUGGCAGUUUACUCUUGUCAAGAGAUCAUGUCAAUCUACUGACAUUGUUUCCUAAUCAGAUGUAUUUAUAUGUACACAUUUUGUUGAUUUAUUCCCUUGGAGAGUAAUUCAGAAAGCUUCCUGUAUCUCCUCCAUCAGAGAUAUAUGGUAGCCUCUGUGACCUAUGAUUAAUUACUGUAAGUGCAAUAAGUGGAAUUUGUUUGACCAAUGUGACAUAUUUAUGGAUGGACCAAUUUCAUAGAUCAACUUUUAUAAAGAAAAACAAAAAGACUGAAAAUAAGUUUAUAUUAUCCCCAACUUGCUAUCUGCUCUCUUAAAUAUAUUUGAAGACUAUAUUUUCUUUUUGGUAAAAAAAAAGUUGAAGUAGGUGGAUAGUAAGUACAAGUGAUUCAAGUUUAGGACAGACAACUGGUCUGACGGCACUUGAACAAAGGGAGAUCACUCAAUUGUGUACAUAUAUCAAGGGAGAUCACUCCAGCUUCUUCAUCAAAGCUCCUCCCAGCAAUAGCCUGUUCACAGAGCUCUCUAUACUAUCGCUGCUUCCAGUCCAAAUUCCCCACUGUGAUAGGUGGCCUCAACCAUGCUUGGAGCUGAACUCGCAGCCCACUGACCUUUUCAAAAUUCACUAUGGUGGCAUUCCCAAAGACAUAAACAAAAGUAUAAACGAUACUACAUUUGGGGUUAGAGGGCAAAUUUCAAAAGUCUUGUAAUGGCUGUGCCAACACUGGUGGCAGUGAUGUUACCGAGAAUGUAACGAAGGUGUCACGAGUUGGGAACAAGCUUGCUUCUACAUCAUGUCAAGGGAGAUCACUCCCAUUUCUAUAUAAAGUCUACACAAGGCUCUAUCACAGUGGUAGUUUUAAUUUUGAUGAAUAUUUGUCAAAAUGAGGCAUCACGUGACUGGUAUGGAAGCCAUCUUCCUGCUGUUUUAACACAAGCCUGCUUGAUUGGUGCUCCAAGAUUUCCUUUAAGUUAGGUUUUAUGCAUAUGGUCCAUUUCAAUACUAAGUCUUUGUCUGAGCCCACAUUAAGCUGACAUGCAGUGAUAUAACUGGAAUACUGUUAAAAGCGGUGUUAAACCCAACACACUCACACCACACAACUGGACAAAAGAACAGGAUAUAUAUGCCUGGCUCCCAGGCACUCCUGUCAUCAAAGUGAUCUGAAACUUCUUUGAGAACACAGCCCCAGUGGACACAGAUGCCAUGCCAUUAUUUUGGAGUAGGAGUAAGGAUUCAUCGAUUCAUAUUGAAUUGUGAUGUUUGAAAUAGGGAUGUAUGAAUAGAAUCACUUGAGGAUUCAUCCUAGUCUCCCCUUUAUUCACAUGAAAGUUCACAAAAACAGAUACAAGGUCUUUUGACAAAUGAACAAUCAGGAUGAUAUAGUUCAUAAUGCAACAGGGUGAUAAUAUGGACAUGGCGCAAUAAGUGUUGCUUGUGCCCUUUCCCACUGUGCUUUUGGAUAAUUAAAUAUGUCAAAACUCAUGACCAAUACUGUCAAAAAUCUUCAUUACAGUAUCAUGUUUCUCAACAUUGAAGUUGGACCAGAAAAUAUAUGUUUAUACUCAUUACCAAUACUGUCAAAACAAUCUUCCGAUUCUUUUGAAUCUGUUUGUUUGAAGUCCCCAUCCAUGAAGCAUCCUUGUCCGUAACCAUGGUAACCAGACUUUCACCAUGGAAUACAGGUUUUUGAGUCUAAUAUGCAUUCUUCCUUGUACAACUUUCAUCUAAGCCAUCUUUGGUAUUGAUUUAUUACUUGUAUAAAUGUGUUUAUAUGUUAUCUGCUGCAGCAGUGAGGGUCAAUGUACUGUAUAUAUUGAUUUAAACACGCUAUACCAGGGUAAUAUCGACACAAGAAGUGAUAAUGAAGGCUUGUUCCUGACAAUCAGGCUGGGUCGACCUUUUUCCCCAUGGUCAACACAUAGUCUCCAUCUGUGACAGGUAUUAAUACCAGAGGCGGAUCAGGUUUAUAAAAAUGAGGUGGGGGUUACAAGAUAUAGGUAUUUUGGACUGGGUAAAGGUCAGUUUUGGUCCAUAUGGUUUGUUUUUUUCAAAGGGGGUCACGAUCUGAUAAAGACCUUGUCUGAACAGGAAUGGGUUUUUUCCCAAAUUAAUGAACCACCUGCUAAAAGAAAAAGAAGGUGCUUAACACAAGUAAGUACUAUACUUAGUCACUGAUUGUGUUGUUUCAAAAUGGUAAUUUGGGGAAAAGAUCUAUUAAAUGUGAUGAAAUUGGCGUGGUCUUAUUAUACAAGAUUAAGUUAAUAAAAUUCAAUUCUCAAGCAGUAUACUGAUAAAACUUUAAAUUUGAAGUAAAUUUAUCCUUUUAUAAGCAAGCCUAAACCAUAAUGUUGUGUAUGGCCUGGACUGACUUGUUGGGACUGAAAGUGCUCACCUAUAAAAGGAUUAAUUGAAUCCAAGUUAAAUAUAUAGACCAAUGAACCAACCCAUAUCUGUUUUGGGUGUUACCUGAAACACAAGACAUGUUUUUUCCCAGUUGUGAUGCGUAACAACCAAUGGUUUGAUUGAACUAGUGCAUUUCCAGACAAGCAAAGUGUUGUCUGGAUAACUGAGGUCCCUGUCCCAGCCUGAUUGACAGAGAUGAGCCCCCCUUUAAAUGUGUACAUACAGCGUUGCUCCACCUUAACAUGCACAGUAUUCACAGAACUAGCGCAUUUCCAGACAAGCAAAGUGUUGUCUGGAUAACUGAGGUCCCUGUCCCAGCCUAAUUGACAGAGAUGAGCCCCCCCCUUAAAUGUGUACAUACAGCGUAGCUAGCUCCACCUUUACAUGCACAGUAUUCACAGAACUAGUGCAUUUCCAGACAAGCAAUGUGUUGUCUGGAUAACUGAGGUCCCUGUCCCAGCCUAAUUGACAGAGAUGAGCCUCCCUUUAAAUGUGUACAUACAGCGUAGCUAGCUCCACCUUAACAUGCACAGUAUUCUGUUGAAUCAUGUCACCAGUAUUUGGAUAUAUUUUUCAUAUGAGUGUUAUGCUCAAUACUAUUCUACCUUGCUCAACUGUUCACAGCUGUGAUAUUGUCAAGCUUUCGCGUGAUAUGUGUCGGUGAUCAUCAAGCCUUUUAUUGAUGUGUUGAUAUUGUCAAGCCUGUGUGUGUUGUGUAUAUGCGACAUUAUCAAGCCUGUGUGUGAUGUGUGGCUGCGGUAGUUAUUUCUCACUAGCAUGUAUUUUCAUGUAACCAUACAGCCACAAAACAAAUACUACCUAUCUUUACAAUAUGGAAGUAACGCAGUGUGGAGCUUGAGAAAGAUACUGUGCACAGUUAUUUCCCCUUAUUGUAACCAUGACAACAUGUUGAUUUUAGAAAACAUGCAUUCUGAGUUCCAAUUUGAGUAACUCUGACUUUGAACAAUAUAUAAGGAUGUGACAAUUCCAGUUGUGGUCUAAUUAUUUCUUAGAGGAAAUGUCAAUUGUUCAAAUUUUAACAAAAACCUAAAAUAUUUAGUUUUAGUUGUGUAUGUGAAUUGCAUUAUCAUAACAUUCCCCUUUAGUUGCUCAAAUCAUUCAUGUGCCAAACAAAGAUUGUUGACAUAGAUUGUAAAUAACAAUUAACAUUCUUAAGGCAAGUAAAGAUUGCACGAAAGGUGACCUUGGCUAUUAAGAAGUUGCAUAUAAUUAUUACGUCUUGAGGAAAUAUGAGAAGCCAUUUGUACAGGUCCAAUAUUUUGUGAAAAGUGUUUUAAUUAUCUUAAAACUAUUGAUUGUGUAUUUUAAAAGUUAAAGCAAAAUAUUUGAGAAAUGGCUCUGACAUUUUGAGUCUGGGAAGCCAUUUUUUGAUAGUUAAAUUAUAUGUUGAUUUGAUGAAUCGAUGUAUGAAUGAGUAAUGAAUAUGGUUUGUGAUGGUGUUAAGAAUGGUAAUGAAAAGGUCUUUUAGAAUUAGAAAAUUGAACAUUCAUUGCCUGGUGUAUUUAUGAAUACUGAUUAGUGAUAAACCUUAUUGAGAAUAUUAACAGCAUUUCACAGCAUAUCAACUUACACCAGAAGAUUGAACCUACAGAUAUAAACACAUGCUUUGUAAACGUGUGAAGAUAUUUGCAUAUCCUAUCAAGCAUUCCUUACAUUCCAUGGUUAGAAUAUUAUUUCAUUAUAUCAGGCCAUAAUAAGUUAAUUCUUGACAGAAAAUGCAGAAAAUGGUGUGUUGCCUUUGAUCUGAUUGAUGAAAUAUGACAUAUGUCAAUUCUCUAUCCACUAAAGUUUGUUUCAAGGCAUCAAUAGUGGUUAUAUGACCGUGGUUGCUGUAAAUAACGGUAAGAUGUGCGAUCUUCCAAUCACUUCACAUACGAGUUCGUCAAAAUGAAGGGAAACAAAGAAAAUGUUGAAUGAAAUUUUGAAUAAAAUUAAUAAAGUAGAUUACAAACAUAAGUCCAGAUAUAUAAAAAAUUCUUUUUAUAACCAGUCAGUGUAAAUACAUGAUUAGUUUGCAUACUUCAGUACGGAUUUGUUGACAUGGUAUUUUCGGCGUUAUGUUCUCACAGUAAUGUUUUGGGGAAAAAAACAUCAAAACUCUUCAACCUUCAGCCCCCACUUGAAAGCCCCCUCAUUCUAGGUACGAAAAACUUGCCUUAUACACAGCGAUAUACGGCAGUCCUACCAAGCAUGCCGACUUGAUGUACACAGAUAUUUAAACAUUUUGUUUGAAAAAAAACAGAAUUCUCCCUCCUCUCCUUUUCGAAAGAUUUGAUAAAAACCUAAUAAUGAAUUCAUUGUAGCCGAAUAGAGUGAGUAUUGUUUUACGCCGCUUUUAGCAAUAUUCCAGCAAUAUCACGGCAGGGGACACCAGAAAUGGGCUUCACACAUUGUACCCAUGUCGGGAAUCGAAACCGGGUCUUUGGCGUGAUGAGUGAAUGCUUUAACCACUAGGCUGACCCGUCAUCCAGUAGCCUAAAAGAACAUACACAUGACGUUGACUGUUUUCAGAUCAGGUUAGAAUAGGUCAUCAGAAACCCAUGCUUGUCGUAAGAGGCGACUAAUGGGAUCUGGUGGUCAGUAGACUUGGUUAAUGCAUGUCAUCGUAUCCCAAUUGCGUAGACCGAUGCACAUGUUGUCAUUCACUGGACUGUCUGGUCCAGACUCGAUUAUUUAAAGACGACUGUCUUAUAGCUUAAAAAUUGCUGAGAGCGACGUUACAAACCAGCAGCCUGAACCUACAGUCUGUUUGCUGCAAUGUCAUACCCAUGAAAUGCAAAAGAGAUAUAAAUCCAUAAGCAACAAUUCGUUUUAAAUGGCGUGAAAGUUGUUUAUUGUCCAUACCAACUUGUCACUAUAAUUUCAGAUAUUGUCAUGAAGUAGAUAAAAAGUUGUUUAACAAACCCCCUUGUAAUAACAGGCAUUGAAACAUCAACAAUUACAUGAUAGUUUGUUAAAUAACUUUGUUUUCCAUUUGUGAUGACCACUUUAAUGUUAGAUACAGUUUGAAUAAGACAGCCAUGACAUCUGUACAUCAUUUCGUGUGAUAUAAACUGUUUACAGAGUUAGUAUUUACCAAUCCUCCGUGAAAGUAUAUGCUAUGCAUUGUAUUUUUAUAUGACUUUUAUAUACCUUACAUUGCACAUUCCGAAGUAUUGGAUAAGUGUUUUAUGCAUUAACUUAUUUUUAAUUGCAUAGAUGAAUGAUUAAUUGUUAUUCAAAAAGAAAGCCUCUAAGUGGCUGACCAAUUAAUAUUCUGGAGACCAGGGUGCCAUUGUACAAAACAACCUUAGCGCUACGUCUGUCGUAAGUCUGUGUUAAGGUAUGGGAGUUAUGAUCACCUUAGCGCUAAGAUCGCUUUGUACAACGGCACCCUGGGACUUUUUGGACAAACAAUCUGUACACGAAAAUAAUAGCAAAAGUAAUUCCUUCAGUAAAAAAUAUAAGACAAAAAUUGUUCACUAGACAUGCUCAAACAAAAAUCCUAGCCACAUAUUUGACUGUGAGAAGUGCUAUGUGUUUGACUACAUGAUUUAUGUGUCUUGUUUUGUUAUAAGUUGUUGACAGUUGUUAUAACUGUUGUUAGAGAUAGUGUUUUUUGAUAUCAUUUGCCUCACAGCCAUUUGUCCUCUACAGACAGCCAUACAUUACAGGAGGCCCUUAUGGGGAUCCAUACAUUACAGGAGGCCCUUACAGACACCCAUACAUUACAGGAGGCCCUUUUAGGGAUCCAAACAUUACAGGGGGCCCUUAUAGGGAUCCAUACAUUACAGGAGGCCCUUACAGACACCCAUACAUUACAGGAGGCCCUUUUAGGGAUCCAAACAUUACAGGGGGCCCUUAUAGGGAUCCAUACAUUACAGGAGGCCCUUACAGACACCAAUACAUUACAGGAGGCCCUUUUAGGGAUCCAAACAUUACAGGGGGCCCUUAUAGGGAUCCAUACAUUACAGGAGGCCCUUACAGACACCCAUACAUUACAGGAGGCCCUUUUAGGGAUCCAAACAUUACAGGGGGCCCUUAUAGGGAUCCAUACAUUACAGGAGGCCCCUACAUACACCCAUACAUUACAGGAAGCACCUACAAACACCCAUACAUGAAAGGAGGGCCUUACAGACACCCAUACAUUACAGGAAGCACCUACAGUCAACCAUACAUAACAGGAGGCCAUGCAGACACCCAUACAUUACAGGAGGCCCUUAUAGAGAUCCAUACACUAGAGACCUUUACCCACAAGGCCAACUGAUGCUCUGAUUGCCCUUUUUGUGUUUGUUUUUUGUCCCCUUUCCUACUGAAAAAGUCUGUGAUUCAAGUAAUAGAGAAGGGUUGGCCCAACUGAUAUGCUGGACUCUGUGAGUCCCCAUCAUUGAGUAGCUAAUCUACCUUUACAGUUUACGAUCAACAAAUAAUUAUGAUCAUUUUGAAAUACUUUAACUAAAGAAACCAACUGAACUGAACAUAGCGAUGGAAGGAUUAGGUGUAUUAUUGCAUGUAAUUACAAUAUCAAGUGAUCACUGCUCGGACAUGCACCGUUCGGAAGAUAAAGCCUCACCAGACUGGGAUCAGAUUUCUGCUUAUUGCUCACACAUGAACUUUUUACAACCUCUUUGGCAAUGUUGUAGAAGCAAUGGCUUCAUGAAAACACCAGGCCCAGUUAAGGUGGUAUUUAUUUCAUGUUGCCAUCUGUUGUUCGUCUUGUCAAGUGUUUAUCAGGUCCAUGCAUGGCAAGGGCAGGUAACUCUAACAGUAACAGUGACAGUUAAUUUGACAGCAUUCUGUAAAUAGUGCAAAAGCCAAACCUUACCCCCCUGCUCCCUGCCACAAAAGUCCUUAUCAUGUUGUUAUAUCUAAUAACGUCUUAUCUCAAAAUUUACAUUGACAUUUAACUCCUCCUUCUAUCCUGACUGCUCGGGAAAGACUUAAAUCGCCAAAAGAAAACAGACAGCAUUUUUUCCAGACACAAAGAAGAAAGAAAAAGAAUAAGAAAAUAAUGGUAAGAAGCUUGAUUCAUUAACUGAUUUUUUUAUUUAAUGAUUUUAUUUAUAUAUUUUUUAUAUUUUGGGGGAUAAUCUGUAAAAUAAGCUAUUAAGCUUGUCAUACCUGCAAUUGAGUUACCUUUGUCAUGAAACACAACACAAAUACCUACAAAUGGCUGGGGGGUAACAGAAAGGAGUGGUCUCUAUUUCCCCAGUAUCUUCAGUCAGUAUUACACACCUGCUUCCAUCAGAUAGAGGCUUGUUAUCACAUGCGUUACACAAGACUGAGGCUUGUUAUCACAUUGGUUACACAAGACUGAGGCUUGUUAUCACAUGGAUUAUACAAGAUAGAGGCUUGUUAUCAAAUGGGAAAUACAGAGUAGAGUCUUGUUAUCACAUGAGUUGUACAAGGCAGGAUUGUUAUCACAUGGUUAUACAAUAUGGAGGCUUGUUAUCACAUGAGUUAUACAAGAUAGAGGCUUGUUAUCACAUGGUUAUACAUCAUUAUCAUGGUGCAAUAUUUGCGAAUAAAGGCUUGCUGAU